GGAGCACGUAGCGCAUGGCGGGGCCGCGAAGGGCGGCGCGACCUUCGGGCCGUGACGUCGUCGCGCCGCGAUGUGGGCGCCGCUGCCCUCACUGCAAAUGGCGGCGGGCGCCGGAAGCGGAAGUGCGGCGGGGCGGGGCGGCACGUGGAGCCGGGGCGAGCAUGGCGCGGUGCGGGAGGUUGCGGGCGGGUACCGCGGCUAAACUGCGGCGGUGGCGGAAGGGACACAGCAGCGACUGCAACCCCGAGACCCGGCGGCACCGGCUGGCCGCACGAAGUCGUUUUUACAGCCGACCUGCCGAGAAAAGCAAUCUGACGGUGGAUGCGGUGAAACUGCACAAUGAGCUGCAGUCAGGAUCCCUGCGUGUGGAGCGGCCAAGCGGCAGCUCUCAGUUGCCCAUGGAGGAGGGUGACACCGGCGAGGCCGCCACCGAGAGGUCCUCUGGCACCUUCCUGAGCGGGCUGAGUGACUGCACCAACGUUACCUUCAGCAAGGUGCAGCGCUUCUGGGAGUCCAACUCUGCCGCGCACAAAGAGAUCUGUGCUGUGCUGGCAGCUGUGACAGAUGUGAUCCGCUCACAGGGAGGCAAAGAGACUGAGACUGAGUACUUCGCUGCACUGAUGACCACACUGGAGGCGGUGGAUUCCCCUGAGUCGGUGGCUGCCGUUGCCUACUUGCUAAACCUUGUCUUGAAGCGAGUCCCAAGCCCAGUACUCAUAAAGAAGUUCUCAGAUGCCUCCAAAGCCUUCAUGAGCAUCAUAUCUUCACAGGUCUGCAGUGGCUCCACCUCUGCACUGCGAUGGGUCCUCUCCUGCCUGGCCACACUGCUGCGGAAACAGGACUUGGCAGCCUGGAGCUACCCUGUCACCCUCCAGGUCUACCACGGCUUGCUGAGCUUCUGCAUUCACACCAAACCCAAGGUUCGGAAAGCAGCUCAGCACGGUGUGUGCUCCGUCCUGAGGGGGAGCGAGUUCAUGUUUGGAGAUGAGGCUCCCGAGCACCAUCCUGCAGCACCCUCCAGUGCCAAGUUCUGCGUGCAGGAGAUUGAAAAAGCUGGAGGUACCAAGGAGGCCACCACCACACUGCACGUGCUGGCCCUCCUGCGGGACCUGCUGCCCUGCUUCCCUGCGGCUGUGCUGAAGACAUGCUGCGAGACCCUGCUCAGAGUCAUGACCCUCAGCCAUGUGCUAGUGACAGCGUGUGCCAUGCAGGCCUUUCACAGCCUGUUCAGUGCCCAGCCCAGCAUGUCCUGCCUGCCAGCCGAGCUCAAUGCCCAGAUCAUCACUGCACUAUAUGAUUACGUGCCCAGUGCCAGCGACCUGCAGCCACUGCUCACUUGGCUGGCCACCAUGGAGAAGGCACACAUCAACCUGGGCAGACUGCAGAAAGACCUGUGCUGGGCUCACCUGCCCCGUCUGUUCUCGGCCACCGUGAAUUGCUUCCUGUCCCCACACUCGCAGGUGGUGGCAGCUGCAGCACAGACCCUUGAGACCCUCCUGAGCGAAUGCAUUGCUCCCCACAUGGAGGGACUUGGCAAUGUCUCUGCGUCCGCUCCAGCCCCUGGCUCCUACCUGUGCAAGAUGUUCAGAUCAGUGGAGGAAGGCCUGACAUACCGUUUCCAUGCUGCAUGGGACGCUGUGCUGCAAGUGCUGGAGGUUUUCUUCGAGGUGUGUGGGAAGCAAUGCCAUUCCAUCAUGAGGAAGUGCCUGCAGUCCCUGUGUGACCUGCGCCUUUCUCCGCACUUCCCCUACACUACUGAGGUGGACCAGGCGGUGGGGGCUGCCAUAGGUGCCAUGGGCCCUGAGGUGCUGCUGGAAGCUGUGCCCCUGCAGAUCGACGGCAAGGAGGAGGCUCUGGAUUUCCCCCGCAGCUGGCUGCUGCCUGUGCUGCGGGACUAUGUGCAGGGUGCACGGCUUGGCUUCUUCACCAGCUACUUCCUGCCCUUGGCAGCCACUCUGAAGAGCAGAGCCCUGGAGUUUGCCCAGGCUGGGAAGAGCCUGGAGUCCAAGAUCUAUGACACACUGCAGUGGCAGGUCUGGACUCUGCUGCCUGGCUUCUGCACCCGCCCCACAGACGUGGUGGAGGCUUUCAAGGGGCUGGCACGGACCCUGGGCAUGGCCAUCAGUGAGCGCCCGGACCUCCGCCCCACCGUGUGCCAGGCCCUACGCACCCUCAUCCAUCACGGCUGCGGAACAGAUGCAGAGCGAGCAGAAGUGGGUCGCUUUGCCAAAAAUUUCCUGCCCAUCCUAUUCAAUGUGUAUAGCCAACCUGAGGAGGAUGGGGGCAGCAGUGGGCAGCGCCGCUCUGUGCUGGACACUGUGCGUGCUUACCUGACCAUCACGGACCCACAGAUGGUGUGUGGGUUCCUGCAGAAAGCCAGCGAGAAGCUGACCAGUUCUGAGAGCUCGGAGUUUGCCAGGCUCUCCAUCCUGGACCUGGUGGUGGCAAUGUCUCCCUAUGCCGACGAGCAAGCCCUGGGUUCCCUGUACCGGACAAUCCAGCCUUCCCUGCAGAGCAAGGAACACAGCAUGCAGAAAAAGGCAUACCGUGUGCUGGAGGAAGUGUGUGCUGCCUCGCAUGCCCCCUGCCAAGCCUUUGUCCACUCACACCUGGAAGAGCUGCAGGCAGUGCUGCUGGAUUCGCUAAAGAGCGCAGCGUCCCCAGCCAAGAGACCCCGGCUGAAGUGUCUGUUCCACAUUGUGAAGCAGCUCUCAGCCAAGCAUGAGCCUUUUGUCACCGCCCUGAUCCCAGAGGUCAUCCUGUGCACCAAGGAGGUGUCGGUGGGAGCCCGCAAGAGUGCCUUCAUGCUGCUGGCAGAGAUGGGGCUUGCCUUCAUCCGCUUCGGGCCCACUCCCCAAGAGGCUAUGGAGCGGUUCCUGUUCUUGGUCUGCGCGGGGCUGACGGGCUCAGUUACCAUGAUCAGCUGCACGGUGCUGGCACUCACAUGCCUGUUCUUUGAGUUCAAAGAUCACAUGGAGCAGAGCGUGGUGGAGCAGCUGCUGCAGAACAUCUGUCUGUUGCUGGGCUCUCGCACACGUGACGUGGUGAAGGCAGCCCUGGGCUUCCUCAAGGUCGUGCUGCUGCUGGUUGACACCACACUGCUGGCCAAGCACGUCCAGACCAUGCUGGAGGCCAUAGGCAGCCUUUCAGAUGACAUGAGGCGCCACUUCCGCAUGAAGCUGAGAAACCUCUUCACCAAAUUUAUCCGCAAAUUUGGCUUCGAGCUGGUGCAGGGGCUGCUGCCAGCUGAGUUCCACAAGGUUCUGGUGAACAUCCGCAAGGCCGAAGCCCGCAGCCGUAAGCAGCGUGCCCUGAGGCAAGCAGCUGCAGAGACGGAGGAGGAGGAGGCACCGGCUCAGCCCAGAGGAGACAGCAUGGAGGAGAUCUUGGCAGACUCAGAUGAGGAAGAGGAGGAAGAGGAGGAACAGCGGCGGGGCAAGGUGCGGAAGAAGCAGGCACGGCAGAAGGGCCAGGCAUGGCUGAAAGAAGGGGAAGAGGACGAGCCUCUCAACUUCCUGGACCCCAAUGUGUCCCAGCGAGUGCUGGCCACCGAGCCAGGUUUGAAGAGGUCCAGAGGAGUGAAGCAUGACUUCCAGGUGUCUGAGGAUGGGCGCCUGAUCAUCCACGAUGAGGAGGAGGAGGCGGACAAUGAUGAAGCCAAAGGAGCAGACGAGGAGAUGGCAGAUGUGCUGCAAGAAGUGGGCCUUCGCAGUAAGAAAAGCCAGAAGCGUCGGUUCAGAGAGGAGCCAGAUGAUGAUGAACCCGAGACUGGGACCUACUCUCAGUACAGAGCUGGAGGCUCUGGGAUCCACCGGCCACUGGACAAGAAGCCAGCCUUUGGUGCAGAGUACAGAUCCAAGAAAGGCAAAGGUGAUGUGAAGAAGAAGGGCCAGCUCGACCCCUAUGCCUACAUCCCCCUGAACAGAGCUAAACUCAACAAAAGGAAGCAGGCAAAAAUGCAGGGCCAGUUCAAGGGCCUGAUGAAGGGUGCCCAGCGCGGGGCCAAGGCUGGCCGCAAGAACCGGCCGAAGGACCGUCGCCCUUGAGGAGCUGUGGAUGCUCUGUGUGCCUGCCUGAGGACUGGUGAUAACUUGAGGCAUGCAGGCACUGAGGGACAGGGACUUUGUGAGUGCAGGCUCCCGAGGAAGCUACCCCUGUAGACUUCUGGCCCAAGCCCUGUCCUCCUGUGCCUAAAAGAAGGUGCUGGGGUGACUGCUGCAGGUGUGCACGCGUGUGUGUGAGAGAGAGAAUACAUAACAUGUAGUGAGCUCUAUAUUGACAAAUACCUCCUGUUAAUAUCCAGCCUGGAGUCCUCCUUUCUUUCCUACAAACACCACACACAGCAUGUCCCCUGUGGUGCAGCAGGUCCUGGGAUGGAGGGGCUGGAGCAGGAGCCCUCUGUGCUGUCUGUCGUGUGGCUGUCACUGGUUCCGCAUCUGCUUUACCCAUCUCAGUCAUGGCUAACUGCAAGGCAGGAAGAGUUGCUGCAAUGUUUUUUCUAAUUAGCUGAAAAACUGCUGCUGCUAACCUUUCUGUCUGGGCUUUUCUCUUACCUGGGAGAGCUGAGACGAGGCCUUUGCUCUGACCACCUCCCAGCAGCACAAGUAAUCCUGCAUCUUUAACUGCCCAGGUGUAGGAUGAACAGCUGUUUUCACCCAGUUACUUCUGCUCUGAGCCCAAAAGAUGGUGUUUGGCCAAAGCACGCUGAAGAAAAGAAUGGAGCUGAGGGCAGCAAAUAGAGGAUACUGGUCCCGUGGCUCACAUUGCAAAGGGCAUGUAUUUGUGAACAUAUCUUCCUUCCUCUUUUGUAUUAAAAAGCCUUUAGUCCUUUGUCAUUUCCUAUCAUGGUAGCUUACAUGCUGGAAUUGCAACGCUUUUCAGUCUCCUAAUAAGCUAAACGGAUUGUGCUUGUUCAGCCUCUUACUGCAGGCUGCUUUCUGUAGGCUGCAAAUCCAGUUUGUGGCUUUCUUCUCUGCUUCUUUUUGUUUGGUUGUUUUCUUUUUUUUUUCCAAGAUCCCUUUAAAAGCCUGGGGGUAAGGAGGAGCUGUUGUACUGGAUUGCUGCGCCUUGGCUGGAGAACUGUCCCCAUCCUACACUCUCUAGGACUCUCUCUUGGACCUCUGAGCCACGGAGGUGCCCAAGUGCUGCUUCUCUGAUCCUGCCAGAAGGCAGCCUGCAGCCUUGUCUCACAGGACAGGCAGCUCCAGCAGUACCUCCUGCCUAUGUUCAGCCAGCAGGAGCCAGGUGGCAGCAGCUAAAGCCCCAUUGCCGGGCCCUGAUGCCCUUCAUCCCCUGAGGGCAGGACACAGAAAAAGUGUGAUCGCUUUCCAAGUGAGCCAACACCUGUAACCUGCAUCUGUGGGCCCAUCAGAGCUAUGUAUCUUUAUGUUUUUUCUUCUCUCCUUGGAGACAAGGCCUGGAGAAGGUUGUUGCUGAUUCAUUUAAAAGCUCCAGAUUACUCUC